AUGGAUAGUGAUGAGACAAUUACAAAUGCAAAUGGGUAUUUCGAUAUUUCUAUACCACUGAGUUUGAUUCUCGGCUUUGCUGAAGAUUAUCAGAAAAUUAUUGUGAAUGCAAAGCAUGAGCUUAUCCUCACGAGAUCCAAGACGGAUGUCAAUGCCAUUCUUCAAAGAGCAAUCACAGUUCAAAAUCCUGAGGAAAAAUAUAAAAUCACAUUACAAAAAAUUGAGUGGUUAAUUCCAUAUAUCAAAGUUUCCGAUGAACGCAAGGUGAAACUGCUCAACUUUAUUGGCAAAGAUACACCCAUCGGAAUAGGCUUUCGUACCUGGGAGCUGUACGAAUAUCCUCUGCUUAAUACAUCAUCGAAGCAUGUUUGGGUGGUGAAGACAUCGAACCAGUUAGAGAAACCACGAUAUGUGAUCCUAGGAUUCCAAACGGGACGAAAAACUAAAACAACUAAUGCUAGCAACUUUGAUCAUUGCAAAAUUCGAGAUGUGAAGCUAUUUUUAAAUUCACAAAGUUAUCCAUAUGGAAACAUGAAUCUUGAUAUUGAUCAUAAUCAAUUCUCUACAUUGUAUAAUAUGUAUGUGAACUUCCAAGACUCAUUUUAUGAAAAAGAACCAGAGCCAUUGUUGACUAGAUCAGAGUUCUUGGAGAAAGGUUCAUUGAUUGUUAUCGACUGCUCGAAACAAAAUGAGUACCUAAAGAGUGGUCCAGUCGAUAUUUGUCUAGAAUUUGAAUCAGCUUCACCUUUCCCAGCUAAUACAUCAGCCUACNCGAUGUAA